CGGUCAGAAGGGUUGGCAGUUCGACGGUUCAAAUCCCUAAUACAGGUCUCCUGCGUGAGCAGGGGGUUGGGCUAGAUGACCUUCAAGGUCCCUUCCAACUCACUGUUACUGUUACUGAGCUACCCGCACUCUCCCAAGGCCAUUUUCACAGGUGACUACAGAACCUGAAGACAAAUACGAUGUCCCGAUCUUUUGAGUUAGCCCUUUCUCGGGCUUUCCACAACGCCUUGGAACCGUAGCCUAACAGUCUACCCUGCCUUUAUGCAACAAGCCAAAUUGUGCAAACUAUGAUGCCGAGCGGCUCCUCAAUCUGGCUCAACGUGCUGAAAGUUAGCCGUUUGGAAUUUCCCUCUCUUGCGACUUGACUUCACCAAGAGUUAUUUUUAAAGCGGAGCAUUAGCUGUGGAUCGGCCUCCCUUCGGGUUGUUGGUUUUGUUUUUUUGUUUUAUCUGCAGCCGUCAUUCAGGAAAGCAACAGAUGAAACUUUGCUAGCUCUGAUAAAAGUCAUGUGAAGAAAGAAGAAGGAGAAGAGGAAAAAAAAAACACGAUUUCAGCGACUGCCAAGAGUUUCAGCUGCUAUUAAAGGCACAGGGAAAAGAAAAGUAGAAGAGACGCCAGAGUAGUAGCCAGCUGUGGAUGUAACGCAGAGCAGUUUGUGAAAUCCUGUGGUUUUUUUUAAAAGGGUUUUUUUUUUUUCUGGAUUUCUGCGUUUGCUGCUAAAAUGGCCCGUGGGGGUAGGUGGAUCAGCAGACAGAAAACAGACGCUGGGUAUGUAUUUGAAGGCUGGGAUACGGACAUAGAAGUGGCUCCACCGCAGAAGCCGUCCCAGGGAGACGCUGCCGUCUUCCUCACUCCAGUUCUUCAUCAUGAAAGUUCUUCUGAGCCUAUUUUGCAUUUCUGUACUUCUUUCUCCCGCUUUUUUUGAGACCCAAGAAAACACAAGGAACAAGAAGCUUCCUGAUACAUCAACUUCAACUGAGGGGCUGUUGAAACAUCCUACCCAAAAAUCCAAGGAUGCAGAACCAACAAUACUUCCAUCUGUUGAUGCCUCCCUGGAGUGUGAAAGGUGUUUUGGCACAGGAAAUAGUUGUCUAAGUGGGAAAGAGAAGUGUGAAUUGAAUGAGGACAUCUGUAUCAUCGGCCUGACAAAAAUCUCCCAAGGAGGAAAAAACAUGUCGUUUAUAGAAAAGGACUGCUAUUUCUCCGAGAACUGCACCUCUGCAUCUGUUUUGGUGACCUUUGGACAAGGAGAAUUCCUCCGGAAAAGCGCCCUCUGUUGCUCAGGAGAAGACUGCAGAGAAGAUUCUCUUCCAUGGCCACCAGUAAAUAUAACAGCCAAUGGGAAAUACUGCCCAGCUUGCUAUUCGGAAUCUGAGCCAUGUCCUGUGGAGACAGUCAAGUGCACUGGAUCUGAAAAUUACUGCCUGGAUUUGCUUGGGCAUAAAGAUUCUGAGAAACGCAUCACUCUAAAAGGUUGCACAACGGAGUCCAUGUGCAACGCUUUACACUCUAGAAAAGUGAACCUGUUUGAUAUGGGUACUGUGAAUUGCCGGCCAGCCAACCAGGUGUCCCAGCUGACCGGAUGUCUCAUCCUCACGCUCGCUGCCCACCUGCUGAUGAAGGUCCUCUUGUGACGCACCUCUUGGAAGAAGAAGCCAUUAAAGGUUCCUUGAUUCUCCUUCUCAGAAAGAAGAACAUAGAACAUGGAAGUGGCAUUUCACCAAGAAAUACCCCAUACCACCGAAACAUUACCAUCGUUUUGAGUCCACUCAUUUGGUUUUCUCACUUCCUGACCAGCACAAGGUCUCCAGAGGAAAUGUUGGGACUUGAAUUUGGACCUUUUUUUUAACCAACAAGGAAAAGCUUGCUAAGCCAUGAAUACGUAGAAACAAAAUUUCUCCUGGGAAAUGCCUGUACUUAACAGACGUGUGCGAGGUAGAGUGGCCAUCCGAGGUGAUCAAACCAUCCAUCCAGGGUGAUCGUCCUUGACUUAGGAUUUUGUCCCGGAGGAUGGGACUUCUGGACGCCUGCCACCCAUGCGCAGAAGGUGCUGCUUUUCGCAAAUAAAGUUUGGCCAUACCACUCUGGUACUAUACUAAGAAGGUGGAGAGCUCUGUAUCUCCCCUGCAAAGCAAUCUUCUGAAGAUUUGCACAACAUAAUGCUUAAAACCUGGGAUCUGUUUGACCAGGUUAGCGUAGGAGUCAGCAACCUUAAAGAGCCACAGAGGUCCUAAACGGAAGCCCCCAUUCAAUUCCGGAGCCAAUUGGAAGUCCGGUUCCCCCACCAUAGAGUCUCCUCCUAACGCGGUGUCCUUUUUUCUCUACCUACCCUAGCUGAAAGCCCUAUCAAUUGUGGAGCUGACCAACAACAGGGAGCUGCAGCAGAGGGAUGAGAGAGCCACAUGCGGCUCCAGAGCCCCAGGUUGCUGACUCCUGGGUUAGUGUAAAGAGUAAUGGUGGUGUCCCCAUGGCAAAUCUAAUCAGGACAGCUGAUAAUAUGUUAGGCUUGGUUAGUUUUUAACUCUGAUUUCUGGAUGCAUAUGAAGUUUGAUGCGAUGUAUGAAGCCAGGCUGGUUUCAUAAAUAUUGCUCUAUUUUUGUGCAAUCGUGCUACGGCAAAUAUGGUGCCAAUUGUAUGGGUUUACAGUAAUCGUGUUAGCAUGUUCUGCCAAUGGGGGAGCAGUGUUAAAACUUCUGCUUCAAAUGGACCAAAAUGCUUGACUCGGUUUACAGUAAAAUUCCUCGUUUUCCUUCUUUCCUGCUGGACAUUUGGGGUGGGGGAGAAAGAAUAUUAGAUAGCCAUUUGAACUUACUCAAAGCUGUUUGAAUCUCUGAGAUUCAGACCUCCAAAUAAAAUAUGGUUUUAAACUUGA